CACCAUUCGUUCCACUCCUCUUCGUGUCCGUCGUCGUUCCAAGCCUCGGAUUAGGGUUUAGCUUCACCCUCUUAUUCUUCUUCAACUUCUACUCUACACUUCCAGCGACCGCCUUCUUCCUCUCCUAUACGCCAUGGACGUCACCAAGAAGCGGAGGAUGGACGAAAAUGGUGUUGACUCCUCCGAUAAUUCUUUCUCAAGAAUUACCCCUGAAGACGCCCGCAAAAUCAUUGAUCGUUUCAGUCCCGACCAGCUUAUCGAUAUUCUACAAGAUGCCGUUUCGCGUCACUUGGAUGUUCUUGAUGCGGUACGAUCGAUUGCCGACCGAGAUGUCUCCCAGCGAAAGCUGUUUAUUCGGGGUCUUAGUUGCGAUACAAGUACAGAAGGUUUGCGUUCUCUCUUUUCCUCUUAUGGCGAGCUUGAAGAAGCUGUUGUUAUCAUUGACAAGGCAACCGGGAAAUCAAAAGGCUACGGCUUUGUGACUUUUAAGCAUGUUGAUGGUGCUAUACUCGCUUUGAAGGAACCGAGCAAGACAAUUGAUGGACGCGUUACGGUGACGCAGUUGGCUGCGGUGGGAAUUUCCGGGCAGAAUUCCAACGCUGCGGACUUGUCGUUGAGGAAAAUUUAUGUGGCGAAUGUUCCGAUGGAUAUGCCGGCCGAUAAAUUGUUGGCACACUUUUCGCUGUAUGGGGAAAUUGAGGAGGGUCCGCUAGGGUUCGAUAAGCAGACGGGUAAAUGUAGAGGUUAUGCUUUGUUUGUGUACAAAAAGCCCGAGGGUGCUCAGGCAGCUCUGGUGGAUCCUAUCAAGACGAUUGACGGAAGGCAGUUGAGUUGUAAAUUCGCUAACGAUGGGAAGAAAGGGAAACCUGGUGGUGGGCCGGAUGGAAUUCAAACGCAGGGGGCAGGUCAGGGAAACGUGCAUGGUGAUGGUAUGCCAAUGGCUCCUCCUUCGGCAAUGCCAGGUUCAGGCGGACAAUAUGGUGGGCCGGCAGGCAUGGGGUCAUAUGGAGGCUUUUCUAGUGGGCUUCAAGGAGCGCCACUGCCUCAUCAUCCCCUCAACUCGUCAAUGGGGCCGGGACUAUCUUCUGUCGGUGGUCAGGCUCCAUCUUCGUUGGGAAGCUCCGGUGGGUAUGGUGGCGGACCAUAUGGUGGUGGGUACGGCGGGCCUGGGUCCUCAAUUUAUGGCGGUAUGGGAAGUGUAGGUGGGGGUUUGGGUGGUUCUGGAGGUGGAUUGGGCGGAGCUGGGGGUGCUUCAUCUCUGUAUAGAUUGCCACAAAGUUCGGUUGGAAUGCCUUCUGGUGGUUAUCCGGAUAGUGGGCAUUAUAGCAUGUCAUCAGCAUCCGGGCACCCAAAUCAGCACCAUCAACCGGCGGGAACAUCACCAGCACCACGUGUUCCGCCUGGAGGAAUGUAUCCCAACGUGCCACAAUAUUACUGAGUUGUUGCUCUUCUGCCGCGGACUUCGAAUCCUUGGCAGCUCUUGUUGUUGUUGUUGUUGUUGUUGUGGUUCUUUAACUUCUCUUCCGUUGCAUACUUCUGGAAUGAUUCUUUCUUUGUGGAUCCAAUGAAAGAAGUAGGAAUCCAUGGUGGAUCUGUUGGCUGAAUUUGGUAGUGUUUUGUAUGUCCAUACUGUGUGUGGAUCCAUUUCUAUUGCUGCUCUGCUAUGUCUAUCUGUCUUGAAGAAAGUUGUUGGAGCAACAAAGUUUUGUGGGGCUUGGAUUUUUUGAUGGUUUGGUUUUCAGAUAUGGAUUGUAGAGAUGAUAAUUUUCGUUUUUGAGGUGUUUAUUUGUAUUCAUUGAUUCUCAAGUGCAUAAUUGAGUUGGAUGGUUGGACCAAAUACAUGUGUGCACAGUGAUAGACUGAGUUAGUUUUUGGUACAGCCAAGCUCUGUUUAUUUUUUUUGUCGUGGGCGGCUUGCUUGAUGGGGGUGGGUGGUGGGUGGUGGUAUGUUUUAUGGAUGACGACGACAAGUUUUGCUUCUCAUUGCCACCUUUUCACUCUAUUUUGUUCAUAUUUUUGUUGAAGUGAAAUUUGUAAGAUGGAUGUUAGAAACUCUGAGGUUUUAUUAUGAUGAUGUUUGCAAGUCGUUUUGGAAUGACUUUUGAAGUGAUAGAGGAAUGUUUUAUUAGAUUAUGUUUUGUCUCACAUAAUAUUUGGGCUUUGUGUUUUGGUUUUGUGUUUGGUGGAAUAUGAAAUGAGAUGAGAAUUGAGAAAUGGACAUCAUCAUCCCACUGGCACCUGUUUGUGGAGGGCUUAAAGUUAAUAUCACACUCAAGAAGACUUCACAUUAAAAUUGCUGCUCAAAUUUCACAAAUCCUUUCUAAAGCCAACCCAUUCAUGAAGAAAGCUCAUUCAGUUGACCGCCUUGCUUCUCCCUGUAAUCUACUGCUUUCCUUUCCUUUCCUUUCCUUUCCUUUUUUUUAAGGGGUGAAAUUAUGGAUUAUAUAAUUAUUUGUUUUAUUUGUUAGAAACCUUUUGAUUGGAUGUUAAUACUAUAUAAACUUAUGAAUCAAA